AUGGCCACAUCAAAGAAAGUCUUCAUCAUUGGCCCUGGCUUUAUUGGGUGGAACGUGCUAGAGCUGCUCCUUGGAGAGGGCUACACAGUCACUGGACUUGUACGCCGGGAUGAGCAUGCCGAACAGAUCAAGAAGUCGGGCGCACAGGCUGUGAAGGGGGACCUCAACGACCAUGAUCUGAUCGUCAAGCAUGUGCUCGAACACGAAAUCAUCAUCCACACCGCCACAGCCGACCACCUCCCCUCCGUACAAGCCGUCCUCGAUGGCGUAAAGCAACGCGCCGCCUCCUCCAAACCCACCAUCUUCAUCCACACCUCUGGCACCAGCGUCCUCGACGACUCCUCCUUCGGCGCCUUCAAAAGCGACAAGAUCUACUACGAUAACGACCCCGCCGGUAUCAACGCCCUGCCCGACACCGCGCCCCAUCGCCAAAUCGACCUCGCUAUUGUCCGCGCCGCGAAGGAGCUCGGCGACAAGGCGAAGCUGGCGAUCAUAAUUCCACCCGAGAUCUAUGGCUUCAAUGACAAGCAUAAACGGCUGACGAUCCAGAUCCCUACCAUCGCGAGGUUUGCGCUCAAGUAUGGGUUUGUGGGGCACGUGGGCAAGGGAUUAAGUGUUGAAAGCCAGAUUCAUGUGUUAGAUCUUGCGCGGGCGUAUGUUGUGCUCCUUCACUAUAUGGAGAAGGCGCCUCCAUCAGCGUUCCUCGGGAACCCGUAUUUCUUCUGUGAGAAUGGGAAGGAGUUCUCGUGGAGGGAGGUCGCUGAGCAGGUUGGCAAGUCGCUUAAGGAGAAGGGCUUGUUGGAGGAUGCGCAGCCGAAGGAGUUCAGUGAAAAGGACUGGGAUGAGCUGUUUGGGGAGUUCACCGGCGCGGUGAUCGGGUUGAACAGUAGGAGUCGUGCGGUGAGGCUGAGGGAGCUGGGAUGGGAGGCUAAAGAGAAGGGCAUCUGGGAGAGUUGGGUGGAGGAUGAGUUACCGGAGUUGUUGAGGGAGGAGGGGAUUGGGAAGACGAGUCGGUAUGCGGGUGCGGUGGCAUCUUAA